AACGGAGCCAGUCUCUCUCUCUCUCUCUCUCCGGUCUGAAGAGAAGCGGAGGAAGAAGAAACGGGAGAGACAGACAGCCGAAGCCCUCUGCCUGUCUGUCUGCGUGUCGGAGCGGCAGACGGGAAACAACAGAAGAGAAGAAGAAGAAGUUGCUCGGUAGUUUUCCCUCGCGCUCCGGAGGGUCUCGGUGUGAACAUGGAGCGGACUGGAACUUUCCUGCUCUCCGCGGCUCUCUUACUGGUUUCACUGGGACUAACGGGCGCGCGGGCGGACACCUUCAAAGCCUGUCUGUCUGGUCAGUCUCCAGACUGUACUCUGGUCCAGUCCAAAGAGGACGACUUUGACUGGGAGCAAGGAGACACCCGAGACCGACCGGCCAGCAACCCCUGGAUCCCUGCAGGUUCCUCCUUCCUGUUUGUGAACACAUCGGGUCGUUACGGCGGCCAGCGCGCUCAGCUGCUGCUGCCGCCACUCAAAGAGAACGACACACACUGUGUCAGCUUCCUGUUUUACCAGGCAGGAGGCCGCGAGGGAACCACGCCCGCCACGCUCAACGUCUACGUCAAAGAGAACAACAGUCCGCUAGGAGUCCCAGUCUUUAACUCUUCAGGCCCCGCCUACCACAUCUGGAAAGGGGUGGAGCUAGCCGUGUCCACCUUCUGGCCCAAUUACUACCAGGUGGUGUUCGAGGCGGUCAGCACCGGUCAGAGAGGAGUUCUGGCCAUCAAGGACAUUACACUGCAGGGACACCAGUGCAUGAGCACGCCUCACUUCCUGCACAUUAAAGGCGUGGAGGUGAACGCAGGACAGACGGCGACGUUUCACUGCACCGUCAACGGACGACCGCAGAGCAACCUGCUGCUCUACCUGCAGGGGAUGGGCGGUCGUCAGGCGGUCGUCAGGGAAACCAAACCUGUGAACGCUCGCCGUUACGUGGCGAGCUUCGACGUGGAGAACACGACUAAGGGCGACUCCGGACGCUAUCGCUGCAUCGCCCAAUCAGAGCGAGGAGUUGGCGUGUCCUCCUACGCUGACCUCACAGUCAAACAGCCUCCCGUACCGAUCGCCCCUCCUCAGCUCACAGCGGUGGGCGCCACCUAUCUGUGGAUCCAACUCAACGCCAACUCCAUUAACGGAGAUGGACCAAUCGUUGAGAGAGAGGUGGAGUACCGUACCAUGUCAGGCAUGUUGAUCGACACCACGCCCGUCGAUAAGCCCACCCACAAGAUCGGACACUUGGACCCCGACACCGAGUACGAGAUCAGCGUGCUGCUCACCAGACCCCUGGAUGGAGGCACAGGAAACCCCGGACCACCACUCAGAGCCAGGACCAAGUGUGCAGAUCCGAUGCACGGCCCGCGACGCCUCGAGGUCGUCGACAUUCAGUCCAAACAGGUGACGGUACGAUGGGAACCGUUUGGAUACAAUGUGACCCGCUGCCACAGCUACAACCUGACUGUACAGUACCGCUACAGACCUGCAGGGGCCCCCAGCAGGGAGCCGGUGAAGGAGGAGGUGCGGGAGGAGGUGGUGUACGACACUCUGAGCACCGUGCCGCAGCACAUCGUACGUAACCUUCCACCGUUCACCAACGUCAGCCUGAGGCUCGUCCUGAGUAACCCCGAGGGCCGCAAGGAGAGCGAGGAGCUGCUGGUGCUGACGGACGAGGACGUUCCCGGAGCCGUUCCGGUGGAUUCAAUCCUCGGCAGCAGUUACGAGCAGCAGAUCAGUCUGAGCUGGAGAGAACCGCUGCAGACCUACGGCCUCAUACGACAAUACGAGAUCUCCUACAAAGCGCUGAGCUCCUUCGACACAGAGUUCGACCUGUCCAAUCAGAGCGGCAAGGUGUUCAAACCGGCCAAUGAGACGAGUCACAUGUUCAUCGGCCUCUACCCGGGCUCCACCUACUCCUUCACAAUAAGAGCCUCAACAGUUAAAGGCUUCGGACCUCCGGUCAUCACCCAGUUCACCACCAAGAUCUCAGCUCCUCUGAUGCCAGCGUACGAUCAGGAGUCUCCUCUCAAUCAGACCGACUCCUCCGUCACAGUCCUGCUGAAACCAGCUCAGAGCCGAGGAGCUCCAGUCAGUAAGUACCAGGUGGUGGUGGAGGAGGAGCGCCCCCGCAGGCAAAGGAGAGGUACUGCAGAGAUCCUGCGCUGUUAUCCGGUGCCCAUUCACUUCCAGAACGCCACGCUGCUCAACUCUCAGUAUUACUUCAGUGCAGAGCUGCCGAUGAGCGAGCUGAGAGCGCCGAUGCCCUUCUGUAUCGGUGAUAACCGGACCUACAGCGGUUACUGGAACGCUCCUCUGCUGCCUCAUAAGAGUUAUGGGAUCUACUACCAGGCUGUCAGCACUGCUAACGGGGAGACGAAGAUCGACUGUGUGCGGGUGGCCACUAAAGCCGCUAUAAUCGUCACCCAGCUCACCACGCCGUACAUUCGAAUCGCGCCGGCGGCUGGCGACAAGCAGCUAACAGGAGCUGCGACCAGGAAACCAGAACCAGAGCAGGAGAAACAGUCGGAUCACACGGUGAAGAUCGCUGGAGCCAUCGCCGGCAUCCUGCUCUUCAUCAUCAUCUUCCUCGGGGUCAUUCUGCUGAUGAAGAAACGGAAGUUGGCGAAGAAGAGGAAGGAAACUCUGAGCUCCAGACAGGAAAUGACUCUGAUGGUCAACAACUCCCAACACACAACCAUGGUGGACACACACACACACUCACUGAAUGGACGGACUGUGUCGUCUCCGUCCUCCUUCACCCUGAAGACAAACACCAUCAGCACCACCGUCCCCAACUCCUACUACCCAGAUCCCUUCGUUCCGACGGCCAUUCUGGUGCCCAUUAAUGACGAUAGUCACACUAUGACCAGUGAAACCAGUAGCCUGGUCCAGUCCCACUAUAAGCAGCGGGAGUCGGAGCGGGAGGCGUUGCCCUAUCAGACGGGUCAGCUGCAUCCAGCCAUCCGAGUGGCCGACCUGCUGCAGCACAUCACCCAGAUGAAAUGUGCCGAAGGCUACGGCUUCAAGGAGGAGUACGAGAGUUUUUUCGAGGGACAGUCGGCUCCGUGGGAUUCGGCCAAAAAGGACGAGAACCGCAUGAAGAAUCGCUACGGAAACAUCAUCGCCUACGACCACUCUCGUGUGCGUCUGCAGCCUCAGGACGGAGAGAGCGGCUCCGACUACAUCAACGCCAACUACGUCGACGGCUACCACAGACCCAAUCACUACAUCGCUACCCAAGGUCCCAUGCAGGAGACUGUGUACGAUUUCUGGCGGAUGGUUUGGCAGGAGAACACCGCCGCUAUCGUCAUGGUAACCAACCUGGUGGAGGUGGGGCGGGUGAGUCCACACGCACACACACACACACGCACACACACACACACACACACACACACACACACACCUGCACACACACACACACACACACAUGUUGUGUACUGGCCAGGCGACACAGAGAUCUACGGCGACAUGAAGGUGACGCUGAUCGAGACUCAGCUGCUGUCAGAGUACGUGAUCCGGACCUUCGCUGUGGAGAAGAGGGGUGUGGCGGAGAUCAGGGAGAUCCGUCAGUUUCAUUUCACCGGCUGGCCCGAUCACGGCGUGCCGCUCCACGCCACCGGCCUGCUGGGCUUCAUCCGCCGAGUCAAAGCCAAAACCCCGCCCACCGCCGGCCCCACCGUGGUCCACUGCAGUGCGGGGGCGGGGCGUACAGGUUGUUUCAUAGUGAUCGACAUCAUGCUGGACAUGGCAGAGAGAGAGGGCGUGGUCGACAUCUACAACUGCGUCCGAGAGCUGAGAGCACGAAGGGUUAACAUGGUCCAGACUGAGGAGCAGUACGUCUUCAUCCAUGACGCCAUCUUGGAGGCGUGUCUCUGCGGUGACACAGCGAUUCCAGCCAAUCAGCUGCGGUCGGUUUAUUACGAGAUGAACCGAUUGGAUCCUCAGACCAACUCCAGUCAGAUCAAAGAGGAGUUCAGGACUCUGAACAUGGUGACGCCCACGCUGCGGGUGGAGGACUGCAGCAUCGCUCUGUUGCCUAGAAACCACGAGAAGAACCGCUGCAUGGACGUGUUGCCUCCGGACCGCUGCCUGCCGUUCCUCAUCACCAUCGACGGAGAGAGCUCCAACUACAUCAACGCUGCGCUGAUGGACAGCUACAAGCAGCCGUCAGCGUUCAUCGUUACCCAGCAUCCUUUGCCCAACACGGUGAAGGACUUCUGGCGUCUGGUCCUCGACUACCACUGUACGUCCAUCGUCAUGCUGAACGACGUCGACCCCGCACAGCUGUGUCCUCAGUACUGGCCGGAGAACGGCCUCCAUCGUCUCGGCUCCCUGCAGGUGGAGUUUGUCUCUGCAGAUCUGGAGGAGGACGUCAUCAGCCGCAUCUUCAGGAUCUACAACACAGCCAGGCCGCAGGACGGGUACCGCAUGGUGCAGCAGUUCCAGUUCCUGGGCUGGCCGAUGUACCGGGACACGCCCGUCUCCAAGCGCUCCUUCCUCAAACUGGUUCACCAGGUGGACAAAUGGCAGGAGGAGUACGACGGAGGAGAGGGACGCACCGUGGUCCACUGCCUGAAUGGAGGAGGUCGCAGUGGGGUUUUCUGCAGCAUCAGUAUCGUGUGUGAGAUGUUGCGACAGCAGCGAUGCGUCGACGUCUUUCACGCCGUUAAAACGCUGAGAAACAACAAACCAAACAUGGUGGAUCUGCUGGAACAGUAUAAGUUCUGUUAUGAAGUUGCUCUGGAGUAUCUCAACUCUGCUUAGCCUCAACAAGAGACUCCUCUUCAUCCUCCUCCUCCCUCAGUGAUGAUGCUGCACACAGUCUGACAGGAGGAAGAGGAGGAAGAAGAGGGAGAGGAGGUCUACUACUGACUGAAGGUGAAGAGGAGGAGGAGGAGAAGAAGGAGGACUGACAGAGGGGAAGUGAGGAAGAGGAGGAGGAUGUUUUUGCACUGCCUUGUUUGACUGCGAGCUGCGGACACACUGAACGUGAUUCUCACAUGCGUCACUUUGUUGUGUUGAACCUGUUUUUCUAUUAUUGUUUUUGACGUAUUGAUGAAACUAAAGGAACCAAAACAAGCUUCAACACAUCUGUGCUCCUGGUUUUUGUUUGUUGCAUCAGACUCACAGGAUCUACCUGAACUCACCUGUGUCAACGAGAAGAAAAAACCUGUCCCGAUGCACUCGAACUCAACGCCUCUUACUUCCUGUUUCUUUGUGUCCGUUUCGACAAAAAUCCUCCUCCAGGAGCAAAGCCGUGGCUUUAAGACAAAUAACUUCUAUCUGCUUAAACCUUCAGUUCGUGUCAAAACAUGCCGCCAUAUUUCAGCUUCUGUAAAAUUUUGCCAAAUUGUUUAAAACCUUAAAAUUCUACUGAAGUGCAUUGCAUAAAGAAGAAAAACUGGAGCCCUCAUCUCGUAAUUAGAUUUUAUAAUUAAUAAAGGAUCUGGUAAUCGCGACGAUUAUGUAGAAAAGGGCGUUUAAAGGUGACAGGGACCCUUGCAUGAAUUGAGAAAUGGUUGUCGGUGAUGGAAGCACAGAGGAUUCACUGGGCUGAGUUUGGUCCUUUAAAGAUGACGGAUAUUAAAUCUGCCUGCUGGCUCCCAGCAGGAGGAGAAGUCAAAUAAAUAUUGUAUAAAUUAUCAGAAUGAGUUCAGUUUAAGAGCGUUUUCAUGUUUUCAUUCGCUUCCUCAGGAAGGACGACGUCACAUCUGAUUGGUCGUGGAGCAACAUUACAUCAGAGCCAGGUUUAAAUUAGUGCUGAAACGAUUAAUCGAUUAAUCAGUUUGUUGAUCAAGAGAACGUAUCACCAUCUAUUUUAAUAAUUGACUGUUCACUAAACCCCUCCCCCAAACAGUGAUUGUCCAAUCAUAGCUUAGCAACAGUAACUAGCUACAGCAGUGACUAGCAGUUUGUGUAAGGAAUUAAUUAAACUGUAUCUCCUCUAAUGUACGCUGCUAAUGUUAGCAUGUCUGGCUAACUAGCUGACUACCUACUGUAGUAACCUAGUGUCACUUCUAAACCUGAGAGUUUAGCAUAUCAUUAUUAUUUUUACAUUUUUCUUACUUACUAGGACGUCUUUUUUCUUUAUUUCCAUGUCUUCUACAUGGAUCAUCAACGGGUGAGAACAAUGACUGUUUACCUGCCUCAGUCUGUUAGCAUAUUAUCACGUAUGUCCCCCCAAGUGCAUUUCAUUUCUAAUUUAUAAGGACAGUGUACAUUAAUCAACAUUUCUGUGAAUGUGCCAGAGUUAGUCAGCAACAAUCAGCAGGCUCAAAUCAUGCAAAGACACAGCAAGCAUAUUUCAGACUUUUACAAGGUUCUCCUUUUAAAGCAAGUUAUCUGAAAACAUUCAAAAGUCCUAAUGGAGCUAACGUUAGCUUACUUAACUAGCUAACUACAGCUGAUAAAUCUGUUAGCGACAGUUGUCAUUUCUGUAAAAUCAACAGCCGUCAGUUAGAAGCUGUUUGUUUACUUCUGUGUGAAAUCAAGGGCCCAUUGUUUCAUAAACUACUGUGAGUUUUGAUGGUAAAUCUGCACCGUUAUCACUGUAAACUGUUCGUGUGCAGCACGAGAAUGAGUGAUUGACAGGUUAGCAACAGUAAUGAAGGGGGCGGGGCUUAGAGAACGGUCUGUACAGCUGAGUGUCGUCAGCGUACGCUGAUCUCAGAGAUUGUUUCUGCGACCGAAAGGCAGCAGAGAAAGAACCGAGCCUUGUCGAACACCGUAUAUUAAAGGCGCUGCUGAUGAAAUUUACUCAUGAGGACACAGAAGGUUUGGUCGCUAACACUCAGUUCGAGAUGAAGAAGCCGGAACCAUAAACACCAAACGAUUAAUCGAAUAUUUGAAAAACUAAUCGAGAGACUAAUUGAUAAUGAAAACAAUCAGUUGCAGCCCUGAUUUAAAUCCUGAUGAAUAAACAUUAUCUGUGUUGAGCUCAACAGGUCGUUCUUGUCCUGACGACACAACCUCAACUCAAGGUCCACUUACUUGUGUUUCUUCGAGAGCUUUCAGCCAUAUCACAGAUUGAGUUUGCGCAGCUGCCAGUGUGGUGAGAAGUCCUAGAGGAGCUCAGAAUGACAGAAAGAUUGAACAUCUACAUUUCCACGGCAACUGUGUAUACUCAAUCUGCUGAUGAGGACUAUGUGAUAUGGUCAAGAGCACUGGAAGAAGCGAGUAAGUAAACUUUGAGUUGAGAUUCUUUUGUCAUCAUCUGUGUUUUUUGUCUUUCUGCUGAUAAACAUAAAGAUAUACAAAGACAUACAGACGUUUAUGUCAAGAGUCACUGUCCGUCCAUCUGUCUGUCGUCUUCUGUGGUGUUUGAUCUUUACUGCUGCACAUUAAAAAGCGAACUGGACCGGAAACAUCCGACCACAUCGUCCUCAGUUUGAACCCUGGUUUGAUUUCUCCUCAGCAGCUGGAUGAUGCUGGUUGGUGGUUUUGUUUCGGAGAGAGAUCGAGGAAAGCUGUUAAUAAUGUAAAUAGAGCAGGGGGAAGCAGGAAGAAGAAUAUUUAUUCCUUCAGUUGUUCUCAGUGUUGAUGUCGUCGUCGUUCUUGUGAAGCACACAGAGAGAGACAAUCAUGUCGGAUGAUUUUAAUGUUCCACUCUCAGAACUGCGGUUAGACCUGGACACGACCUAACCCUGGUAACGUAUGGCUCUGGGUUAGUCUAACCCUGGUGGCGUACAGCCCUGGGUUAGUCUAACCCUGGUAACAUAUGGCCCUGGGUUAGUCUAACCCUGGUGGCGUACGGUUGUGGUUUAGUCUAACCCUGGUGGCGUAUGGUUGUGGUUUAGUCUAACCCUGGGGGCGUAUGGUUGUGGUUUAGAUUGAACCCUGGUGGCGUACGGCUCUGGUGCUGAUGAGAACAUUAUUGUAAUGAAAACUUUUAUUUAUGUUGUAUGAUUCCAAAAUACUACAAUUAAAAAUCUGUAUACACUCUUCAA